AUGUUCUACUUCUUGGCGUGUCUCCUUGUGGCCUUUGGCCCCUACCCCAUGGUAUACUAUGGCUCCAAGCUCUCCGACUACGCGUCCACGUCGUUGGUCGUCCGCGGCGCGCUGGGCUACGUCCUCACCUCGACGGCGCACAUGAUCUUCAUGGCAACGUUUCUGCCCGUUGAUGCUCACGAAGGAACCCUCCGCGUCGUCUCGCUCGUCGGGCAGACAAUCAUCUCGCUCGUCGCCAUUGUCGGUGCGCUGGCCACGGUCUCGUCGGCUUCGGGUUCGGACAAGACCAAGAUGAAGGCGCUCGCUCUCGGCUGGGGCGCCGCCGAGGCCCUCGGCAAGGUCCCGCAGAUGUGGAUGGGCUCGCGGGCCCACGAGAUCGACCUCUCAUGCAUCGGCCUCGCCAUCAAGUCCAACUUUGAUGGCAUCGCUGCCGUCGGCUUCCUCUACGGCGCCUUCCUCCUCUUCGAGUACGCCUCGUCGCUCCGCUUCACCUCGGCGCGCCAGUUUGUGCCCUCGCUCUUCCCGCUCACCGCCAUCCUCCUCUCCAUCAAGUCGGUCGUCCCCGUCGCCCUCUCCGCUCUCGCCCUCCCGCUCCCGCUCGCCAUCGCCACCUCGGCCGCCAUCGCCUUUGGCUCGUACUACCUCGCACAAUCUGCCUUUGCCAUCCAUCGCUCCACCCGCUACAAGAAGCGCGACCGCUAAAAGCCAGCCGUCCA